AUGCAAGAAAUUGUAGGGGAUCGGCUACCCAAGUUCACAAAAGAAGAGGUCAAGAUGGUAAAGCAUUCCAUUCAUUAUGUGGGUAUAAACCAGUACACUGCUUACUACUUGUAUGAUCAAGCCAUUGUGAGCCACCAACAGGAUUGGAAUUGUGGAUUUGCUUAUGAUCGUAAAGGAGUACCAACAGGUCCAAAGGUAAUCUCUGUCAAAUCUGCAUCUAUUUCAACAUGUUAA